AUGCACUCAAACAUGCAAACAAUGCCUGCGAUAGCCCAACACGGUCGCAUUCCGCGCGGUACCGAGGACCGCGCAGAGUACACCAAAAUCGCCCAGUACUACGCCCACGAAGCCGCCGCGCGCUGGCCGGCCACCGCCGACACGGUCUCGCUUUCCUCCCUCAAUUUGGUCGUGCCCGCCGGUCGCGAUGUCUGGGGCCGUACCGAUCGCGCACAGCCGCUCGCCCUGUCGCUCACGGUAGCUUCACGCGCCGGCUUUACAUCUGCCGCUGCUAGCGACGCGCUCGACGCUGGCACCGUGCACUACGGCCAUCUGAGCAAGAAUUUGCUCAAGGCUCUCGACCCCUCUACAACCAAUAAUCAGUGGCUCAGUGGUUUGGUCGUUGCGAGUAGAACGAGUGAGGCGUUAAUCGCGACGGCGGCUGAAGGCGCGGUAGGAGCUGCCAAAAUAGACGUGUGCUUCCCUAAGGCGAGUACGCUGGGAACAGGCGCAGGCGUAGAGUGGACGGUGUUUUACAGCCCUGCCGGAGAGGUGGUCAGCUUCUCGAGGCAGUUAUAUGUAAAGGGCAUGGCAAUUCCGACCCUGAUUGGGGUGAAUAGCAAUGAGCGUAUGAAGAAGCAGUUGUGCGUGGUAAGCGUUUGGAUCGACAGGGUCUCGGAUGGGGCGAUUGACUCCUAUAAUGUGGUGGAGGAUAUCGUGCUGAAGGCCGUUGGAAAUACGGAUUUUGAGACCCUUGAAGCGCUGGCCGAGAGGGUCGCCCACGUACUGUUCGACACCUUCAUCAAGAGUGAAAGCUCUACCUCGAACCUGAGGGUUCGUAUUGAAAAGCCUUCAGCCGUGCCACUUGCCGACUUUCCAGCCAUUGAGAUCUACAGGACUCAACAGCAAGUGCUCCAUACCAACGGCAGCGCCCUUCAAUGA